UUGAAUUCCAUUUCUUUUCAUUGAAUCUAUAGUGGUAAAAUUCAUGAUAUAAAAUAUUGACAAGUUAUGUAUGAUUGAUAUGGCGUCAUGUCAUUGUCAAUAUAAAAGUCCACAUGCCACUAUUUUACAAAAUGCAACUCUUAAAGCUAGAGGUGGGUGAUACCAUGUCUCUAAAUGAAUGAUGUAAAUGACUCUUGACGUUCCACCAAGAAGUGUUACAAUCAAAAUCAAAUAAUGGUUACCUACUAUGUAUAUAUAAUCAAACUCUGAUUAUAUACCAGUUAAUUCAAAUAGUGCUAUAAAAAUAAGGAUAUAAAACAUCGUAAUUAGUAAAGUAUCGUAUCUCUCGAUUUAAGGAAACAAAACAAACCUUUAUUUAAGCAUUGAUAUGAAAUAUAUUAAUUAUAGUACAACUAUUAAUUUGCAUGUUACAUGUUACAAAAAAUAAUAGACAAAAACAGAGCAAAGGCUAAAUGUUCGGAGAUCAAUGAGUUGUAUUACUCCAAAAUCUCUCGCAUAUUUUGUCAUUUGACAUGGCCUUCUAACAUGCUCACAUGAAAUUGAUAUCUUUGUCAUUUUUUUUCCACCCUACAAAACUCCCAACUUUCAAGCACUUUUAUUUCCAUCAAAACUUCAUUUUUUGCCCACAUUUUUAUUCAUUGUAACACCCUCUCCUUAUUCUAAAACAUCAUCCUAAUAACAUUAUGAGAGAAAUCCUCCACAUCCAAGCCGGGCAAUGUGGUAACCAAAUCGGCGCGCAGUUUUGGGAGGUGGUUUGUAAUGAGCACGGUAUUGAUACAACCGGGCUAUACAUUGGUGAUUCUCCACUCCAAGUUGAACGAUCCGAUGUUUAUUUUAAUGAGGUGAGAGGUGGACGAUAUGUUCCUAGGGCGAUCAUGAUAGACCUCGAGCCAGGCACCAUGGACUCCCUUAAAUCUAGUCCUUAUGGACAGAUUUUUAGGCCUGAUAACUUUGUUUUCGCGCAAAAUGGUGCUGGGAAUAACUGGGCUAAGGGUCAUUACACCGAAGGUGCUGAAUUAAUCGAUACUGUCCUUGAUGUUGUUCGUAAAGAAACCGAGAAUUCUGAUUCUUUACAAGGAUUCCAGUUAUGCCAUUCUUUGGGAGGAGGAACUGGAUCAGGGAUGGGAACGCUGCUAAUAUCGAAGAUUAAAGAGGAGUAUCCUGAUCGUAUGCUGAUGACCUUCUCUGUGUUUCCAUCUCCAAAGGUGUCAGACACGGUGGUGGAGCCUUACAAUGCCACGCUUUCUGUACACCAGCUUGUAGAGAAUGCUGAUGAGUGCAUGGUACUUGACAAUGAAGCCCUCUAUGACAUUUGCUUCCGCACUCUCAAACUCUCCAACCCUCGAUUUGGCGACCUGAAUCACCUGAUCUCAGCAACAAUGAGUGGCAUAACAUGCUGCCUGCGAUUUCCUGGUCAACUGAACUCCGACCUUAGAAAGCUUGCAGUGAACCUGAUACCCUUCCCUCGUCUCCACUUCUUCAUGGUCGGAUUUGCACCCUUGACCUCCAUCAACUCUCGGCAGUACACAACCCUGUCCAUCCCCGAGCUCACCCAACAAAUGUGGGAUUCCAAGAACAUGAUGUGUGCAGCAGACCCACGUCAUGGGCGAUACCUCACUGCAUCAGCAAUGUUCCGAGGGAAGAUGAGCACAAAAGAAGUUGACCAGCAAAUGACCAAUGUUCAGAGCAAGAAUUCAUCCUACUUUGUAGAGUGGAUCCCCAACAACGUGAAGUCUAGUGUCUGUGACAUCCCACCAACAGGGCUUGCUAUGUCUUCGACUUUCAUAGGGAACUCAACCUCCAUUCAAGAGAUGUUCCGAAGGGUAUCAGAGCAGUUUACCGUCAUGUUUAGGAGGAAGGCUUUCUUGCAUUGGUACACCGGCGAAGGCAUGGAUGAGAUGGAGUUCACUGAGGCUGAGAGUAAUAUGAAUGAUUUGGUGUCUGAAUAUCAGCAGUAUCAGGAAGCUGGAGUGGAGUAUGAGGAAGAAUAUGAAGAGGAGGAUGCUUGAAAAUUAGCCAAAAAAUUAAUUUGAGAGGAUUCCUUUUUACAUUAAGGAAGAGAAAUGAAUAGAAUUUAAUCUCUUUCAAUUUCAAAAGGUGGCAAGAGGGGGAAUUCUUUUUUUGUACAAGGAACUUAUUCAUUUUAUUCUCUUAUUUGGAUGAAACUAAUUUAAUUUUUAUAAUACACAAUAAGGUUUAAAUCCAAGAAUAGUAUAUAUAAUACUUUCUGAAAGGGAAAUUGAAGUGAAAUAUAUUGAAAAAAAAAAAUGAAUUUCAAGGAAAGGUACUACCACUAAGCCCAAUGUACAAGGCGCAA